UCAUAAGAUUGUUAUAUAUACUUGGGAUACUUUUGAUGUUCUGUAUUACAAUUCUUAACCUUGAAAUUAUAAGGAGAUAUCAGAAGGAACGAGAAAGUAAUUAGUCACCUGCAUUAAAUCAACAAAAUGUGACUGACUUUUUCAUUCACCUGUUUAUAUGUAAGUCUUGCUCAUUCUUGUCAAAGUUAUGUUUGAUUUUGUCCAAAUGUGUAUAUUUGGCAGGGCUGGUUCUUGUUUUCCAGAGGUUUUCAGUGUUGCAUGCCGUGAUAGAUUCUGCAAUCGUAUACCAUUUAAGCCGCAGACAAAGAUAGAGAUGAAGUUAAAUUCAGGCGGCAGAGCUAUUUCAUCCGAAUGCAAUUAUGACCAAUAUAUUACAGAAUGCAGUUAUGACCGAUAUAUUACACAUGACAAAUAUACCAUGAAAUUUAAGAAACUUGGAGAUGAUAUUUGCAGAUAUGGCCUAUGCAUCAAACAAUGUGAUGCAAACGUGGUAUCACUCAAAAUUAAGCAAUCAAAUAUUGAACUUGAGAUGUCCAACUUGGGAGGUAUUAAUUCAGCUGAUUCUGUCAUGCUACUGUGUUGCUGCAAUGGUUUGGCUUUAUGGACGCAUGCAAAAGGCAGUGUUUCUCUACAAAUUAAUAUGGUGCAACCCUUGCAAGUUUCUGUUACUUCAGUCUGGAUGAUUUAA